UCUGCGUUGAUCCCCUCCCUUCACACUCUCCAACUGCUUCACACACUCAGCCACACAGUGAAGAGGAGCAGCCGCCUUCAAUAAGGCCCCCAAAAUAGCCCAGGGGUUGCGGGGGGCUGGGCUUGCUGGAGACAGCAGCAGGGUCCAAAGGAGUCAUGUGCUCAACCUUGUCCUCCCAUAACACAGACAGACGGACAGGAGAGGAGUCACGAUCCAAUAACCCAACUCAAACCAACUGGAACCCAUCUUUCUCAGUGCAAGAGGAGUGACUGUUUCUGCUUGUCACAUGCGCUCACUGUAGUUGGAGGGGAAAGUCAGACUGAGUGUGGGCAUCCAGUAGCCAAGUGGCUGGUCAACACUGGACCAUGAAGCUUAGUGUGGCGUUGUUUUUUGGUGGGCUCUUUGGGGCGUUGGCAGCUGUGUUCAUCCUCCUCUCGUUUGGAACCGAUUACUGGCUGCUGGCCUCAGAGAGUUGCCAACCAAACCCUGCCGGAUCUGCUGGCCCUGGUGAUGUGACCAUAGAGCGUGGAGAUGUGGUGGUGCAGGAGGGCACUAGUGAUAUCACUCUAUACCAUGAGGGUUUUUUCUGGAGGUGUUCGUUCGGGGGCAACUUGGGUGACGACAACUUGCUGUGGAAGCUCUGGUUCACAAAUCAGCCUCACUCCAAAGUGUGCAUGCAUGCCUACCUCUUCCCAUUCCCCAUCUCUCAUCAGACCCACAAUGCCACAGAGUAUGAUUCUGCCAUAAUCUACAGAGGCUUCUGGAGCAUCUUUAUGCUCAUUGGUGUGGCAGCUGUAGUGCUGGCUGGGUUCGUCAUCAUCUGUGCUGCUCCGUUCGCCAGCCACCGCUUGUAUAAAGCAGGGGGCGGCCUCUUCCUGGCAUCUGGUCUUUUCCUGCUGUGUGUGGUGGUGAUGUACGUACUGUGGGUGCAGGUGUUGGAUGUGGUGGAUGUCUACAUAGACCACCAGCGCGCUGCAGUGUGUCCAGACUUCCAGCUGUCCCUCAACUAUGGUCUGUCCUUCAUGUUUGCCCCCAUUGGCAUCUUCUUCUGCCUCCUGUCCGGCCUUCUUUUCCUCCUCAUUGGCCGAACCAUCCAGAUUCACUAUCACUGACUUCAACCAGCAGCAGGUUAGAGGAAGAGUGGGGCCUUUAGAUGUGUUUCUUUCUUUUUUUUUUACCACCAGACCUUUGAUAUUUUCCACAUUUUGUCUGCCAUGUAAAAGCAGGACUCUGUAGAUACUAUAUGGCAGCUCUGUGGUAUAAAUGAUCUGACAGUCUUGAACACUUUGUUCCAGGAUAAAAACAUUGUAACCAUUGUUGAGCUCAGAAAUGGCAUCAUAAUCACUCCACCCUGAGCUACUUUUAAUUGAGCUACGUUACAUACAGUUCGGUACUAUCCGUAGGUAGGAGACUAUAUGAGGAAUUCUCAACAAGCCUGAUCACAUAUAAAUACCUGUGGUGCAUAACACUUUUGUGUUGAUGGUUGUGAGGGUUAUGAACGUAUGCUCAUGAAAUUCAAAAUUACCGGCAAUCAAAUGUUUGAUGAGGAAAAGCAAGUUUAACAAGUAAUAAAAACAUAUAUUUUGCUUUGUAUAGUGUUUUAAAAACAACUUUUAAAAAAGUGCAGAGUGAAAAGCUUGGUGGCAUGAUCAUUUUUCUAUUCUGUAUAAACAGUCAUAGGAGUCAGUGUUUUCUGCAGUCAAUUUAAAGUGUAAAGCUGAUGAUAUUCUAUAUUUUUGUUAUUGUCCACAAAUCCAAUGAAAAGACCAAAACCAAUACUUUCAAACUUCCCUACCUUGUCUGUUACAGUCAGCUCCAAGCCCAUUCAUUUAUACUGAAGAUGUAACCUUUAAAAACAGAUCGCAAAUAUAAACUUUAAUUUUUUGGGUGUGGUGAGUACACCACACCCAUGUUGAUCAUAAUAAAGGAGCAUGUCAUUCAGUGCAACAGUGUGGCUCACUGAUGUUUUAAAAAAGAAUUUUUGGACAACAAUGUAGCUCUGUGGCACAGCGUAAUAAUUUAUAUCAGGCUUCAGCUACACAGAUGACAUUUGGGUCCAUUCAUUGUUGGUUUUGGUCUUUUUUUGACAAUAAGAAAAAUCAGACGUAUCUUGUAAUAUAAUCAAAUAUUUAUAUUUCACUGAAUGUAUCAUGCUUCAUUUUUUCUGCUUUUCCUUCAGUAUUAUUUUAAUAUUUCUGUACAUAGCCUGAAACCGUUCUGUUAUUUGGUCAUAUUUUUCCUGUUUGACCAGUUUCUUGGUUCAGCACAGUUUUUUCUGUUUAUAAGUGGAGCUUGAAGCAUGACAGGCUUUUUAUGUUGAGUUUAUGUAACUGUUUUAUGUUUAUGUUGUUGAGGUUUUGUUGUACAUGCUUUUACCAUCUGUCCGGUGUGUUGUGAGAUUCUGACAUAACAUCAUAUCUGCCCAAAUAAAUGUUUUUCUGUUUGACAAUAAAAUGAUGAGGUGAAGGCAA